AGUUCGUUUCCGUUGGGUCUGUGGCAGCCUUGAGGCGCUUUCGCCAAGAUGUACGACGCGGACGAAGAUAUGCAAUAUGAUGAAGACGAUGAUGAAAUCACUCCAGACUUAUGGCAGGAAGCAUGUUGGAUUGUUAUUAGCUCCUAUUUUGAUGAAAAGGGCCUGGUUCGACAGCAGCUGGAUUCUUUUGAUGAGUUCAUUCAGAUGUCUGUGCAGAGAAUUGUGGAAGACGCUCCACCAAUUGACCUCCAAGCAGAAGCUCAGCAUGCUACAGGAGAAGUGGAAGAGCCGCCACGGUAUCUGCUGAAAUUUGAACAAAUUUAUCUCUCCAAACCGACACAUUGGGAAAGAGAUGGCGCCCCUUCACCCAUGACGCCAAAUGAGGCCAGGCUGAGAAAUCUUACGUAUUCUGCUCCAUUAUAUGUGGACAUAACAAAGACUGUCAUUAAGGAAGGGGAGGACCAACUGCAAACACAACACCAGAAAACCUUCAUAGGAAAAAUUCCUAUCAUGCUGCGGUCCACGUACUGCCUGCUUAACGGCUUGACCGAUCGUGAUCUUUGUGAGCUGAACGAGUGCCCUCUGGACCCCGGCGGCUACUUCAUCAUUAAUGGAUCAGAAAAGGUUCUGAUUGCUCAAGAGAAGAUGGCUACAAACACAGUAUAUGUGUUCGCUAAGAAAGAUUCCAAGUACGCAUACACAGGAGAGUGUAGGUCUUGCUUGGAGAAUUCUUCGCGGCCAACGAGUACCAUAUGGGUGAGCAUGCUGGCCAGAGGUGGGCAGGGUGCAAAGAAGAGUGCCAUUGGUCAGCGCAUUGUGGCCACUUUGCCCUACAUCAAACAGGAAGUGCCCAUCAUUAUCGUGUUCCGCGCGUUGGGCUUUGUGUCCGAUAGAGACAUCCUGGAACAUAUCAUUUAUGACUUUGAAGAUCCCGAGAUGAUGGAAAUGGUUAAACCUUCCUUGGACGAAGCGUUCGUCAUCCAGGAGCAGAACGUUGCGCUGAACUUCAUCGGCUCGAGAGGCGCAAAGCCCGGCGUCACCAAAGAGAAAAGGAUCAAGUACGCCAAGGAAGUUCUGCAGAAAGAGAUGCUCCCACACGUUGGCGUCAGCGACUUCUGUGAAACCAAAAAGGCCUAUUUUCUAGGGUACAUGGUUCAUCGGCUGCUUCUGGCUGCCUUGGGGAGAAGGGAGCUGGAUGACAGAGAUCACUACGGCAACAAGCGUCUGGACCUGGCAGGGCCACUUCUUGCCUUCCUCUUCAGAGGGAUGUUUAAGAACCUGCUGAAAGAAGUGAGAAUAUACGCGCAGAAGUUCAUUGACCGAGGGAAAGAUUUUAACUUGGAGCUGGCCAUCAAAACUCGGAUAAUAUCGGAUGGUUUGAAGUACUCACUGGCUACGGGGAACUGGGGGGACCAGAAGAAGGCUCACCAGGCCAGAGCCGGGGUGUCUCAGGUCUUGAACCGCCUGACUUUUGCGUCGACGCUUUCCCACUUACGUCGCUUGAACUCCCCCAUUGGCCGAGAUGGGAAACUGGCCAAACCCAGACAGCUGCACAACACCUUGUGGGGCAUGGUCUGUCCUGCUGAGACUCCGGAGGGCCAUGCCGUAGGGCUUGUGAAGAACCUUGCUCUCAUGGCCUACAUCUCUGUGGGGUCUCAGCCAUCCCCGAUUCUGGAAUUUUUAGAAGAAUGGAGCAUGGAAAACCUGGAAGAAAUCUCUCCAGCUGCCAUCGCAGAUGCCACGAAGAUCUUUGUGAAUGGCUGCUGGGUUGGGAUACACAAAGACCCAGAGCAGCUCAUGAACACUCUGAGGAAACUGCGGCGUCAGAUGGACAUUAUUGUGUCAGAGGUGUCCAUGAUCAGGGAUAUCCGGGAGCGAGAAAUCCGGAUCUAUACUGAUGCCGGCAGGAUUUGCCGCCCGCUUCUGAUUGUGGAAAAACAGAAACUGCUCUUGAAGAAGAGGCACAUUGACCAACUGAAAGAGCGAGAAUAUAACAACUACAGCUGGCAGGACCUGGUGGCCAGCGGUGUAGUUGAGUACAUCGACACCCUCGAAGAAGAGACCGUGAUGCUGGCCAUGACACCGGACGACUUGCAGGAGAAGGGGGUCGCCUACUGCUCGACGUACACCCACUGCGAGAUUCAUCCAUCCAUGAUCCUGGGAGUCUGCGCGUCGAUCAUUCCCUUUCCCGAUCACAACCAGUCUCCUAGGAACACAUACCAGUCCGCUAUGGGCAAACAAGCGAUGGGAGUUUACAUUACCAACUUCCACGUCCGUAUGGAUACCCUCGCCCACGUCCUAUAUUACCCUCAGAAGCCCCUGGUGACCACACGCUCGAUGGAGUACCUGAGGUUCAGGGAGUUGCCUGCAGGCAUCAACUCUAUCGUGGCCAUCGCUUCGUAUACCGGCUAUAAUCAAGAGGACUCGGUCAUCAUGAACCGUUCCGCAGUCGACAGAGGCUUUUUCAGAUCGGUGUUCUAUCGUUCCUACAAAGAACAAGAGUCCAAGAAAGGCUUUGACCAGGAAGAAGUGUUUGAGAAACCGACGCGGGAAACUUGUCAGGGGAUGCGUCACGCCAUCUACGACAAGCUGGACGACGAUGGCUUGAUCGCGCCCGGCGUGCGCGUCUCGGGAGAUGACGUCAUCAUCGGCAAGACGGUGACUCUGCCCGAGAACGAGGACGAGCUGGAGAGCACCAACCGCCGCUACACCAAGAGAGACUGCAGCACUUUCCUGCGGACGAGCGAGACGGGGAUCGUCGAUCAGGUCAUGGUGACCUUGAACCAGGAGGGAUACAAGUUUUGUAAAAUCCGGGUGCGCUCGGUGAGAAUCCCGCAAAUCGGAGACAAAUUUGCCAGUAGACACGGUCAGAAAGGUACCUGCGGUAUCCAGUACCGGCAGGAGGACAUGCCUUUCACCUGCGAAGGUAUCACCCCAGACAUCAUCAUCAACCCCCACGCCAUCCCUUCGCGUAUGACCAUUGGUCACUUGAUUGAGUGUCUGCAAGGGAAGGUAUCUGCCAACAAGGGAGAAAUAGGCGACGCCACGCCUUUCAAUGAUGCUGUCAAUGUGCAAAAGAUCUCCAAUUUGCUCUCAGACUAUGGUUAUCAUCUGAGAGGAAAUGAGGUUUUGUACAAUGGCUUCACUGGUCGCAAAAUUACGUCACAGAUCUUUAUUGGCCCUACUUACUACCAGCGGCUGAAACACAUGGUGGAUGAUAAAAUCCAUUCCCGAGCAAGAGGGCCAAUUCAGAUCCUUAACAGGCAACCUAUGGAAGGUCGAUCCCGUGACGGUGGCCUACGUUUCGGAGAGAUGGAGCGUGACUGUCAGAUUGCUCACGGAGCAGCGCAGUUCUUAAGGGAAAGAUUGUUUGAAGCCUCAGACCCUUAUCAGGUUCACGUGUGCAACCUGUGUGGACUUAUAGCCAUAGCAAACACGAGGACUCACACCUACGAGUGUCGGGGCUGCCGGAAUAAGACUCAGAUUUCUCUGGUGAGAAUGCCGUACGCCUGCAAGCUCCUCUUCCAGGAAUUGAUGUCCAUGAGUAUCGCACCUCGGAUGAUGAGUGUGUAGCCUUUGGAAGUUCCUUCAGUCAGUUGUGGUGUAACUUUG